AUGGUCCGUGAGCGCUCCUCGCGCUUUCUCGAGGCAAAGAAGCAGGAUGGCAGUCCUCCUCGUCGUCGGGGUCGGCAGGGCUCAGACGUCGGAGUAGGAAUGGGACUUUGCCACUGCCGUCGCGGCGGCCAACGAUCGGCUAAGAAGCGAAAGUUGAAGCGCGGAUACUCUGCCUCGUCGACCAGCGAGGAGUUGGACUCCGAGGGUGAUGACGACGAGGUCCCGGCACGUGGCUGCUGCAGUCGGGCUCGGAAGCCAGCGCCAAAGUUCCUCCGGCCGCCGCGAACCGCGGAGGAUAACUUGCGAAAGGCGUCUGCGGACGGAGCUGUCUCCACCGUCCAGGCUUUGCUAGCGAGUCGAGUCCAGGCGACGGCAGCCACGGAGAAUGGGUACACUGCCCUACAUGCCGCUGCUGCACAUGGCCGGAGCAAGAUCGUACCUAUGCUUCUCAAUGCGGAGGCGCAGGUCGACUGCACGGCGAGUGGCGGUGUGACGCCGCUGAUGUUGGCCGCCAUGGGUGGCCACAAAGCUACACUUGAGGCGCUGCUUUCAGCCAAAGCCUCCCUGCAUGAAGAACUGCGCGGGGCGAGGGGCCAGGAACGGCAAGCUGUUCAUAUGGCUGACCUCUUUGGACACGCGCAGGCGGCAGAGCUGCUGAAGCAGCACUUGCCCAGGCCGAGUACAUCCGACGGCGCAAAGAAGCCGAAAGAUCGCAAGCAGAAAAAGGACAAGACGAAGAAGGAGCCGCCGUGA